CGGGCUCAAGGCCGGAGCCGACGCGCCCACCUGACGCACUGAGACUUCUCAGCCAAUCGAGAAGCGCGGAGCAGGUUCAAAUAAAGACGGCGGGUGAGCAUGGCGUCGCCUCUUGCGUCUCGGAGGUGAUCACCCUGUGUUGUUUUGAAGAUGUGGCGGGUGAAAAAACUGAACCUUGGCGUGUCGCCUUCGCCCCAAUCGGGAAAAGCAGCUAUGAGAACGCCUCUCCGAGAACUUAUCCUGCAGCCUGGUGCCCUCACCAACUCAGAAACAGGGCCCCCGAUAGCCGACUCGUCCGCCCCAUCACUGUGCAAGCUAGGGCUGCAGGAAGGCAGCAAUAGCUCAUCUCCACCGGAUUUUGUCAAUGCUAAGAAGACAGACUCCCCUUCAGAACAGUUCAGCCAUCCCUCAACAUGUCUAGAAGCUUGUCAACAUGAAUCAGAUGAGCAGCCCCUAAAUCUGAUUCCCCAAACCAAUUCUACUCCCAAAACAUCUGAGGAAGCAGUAGACCCACUGGGCGGCAAUGUGGUUAAAACCAUGGUCCUUGUACCUUCUCCAGGGGGGCCGCAGCAAAACAUUACACUCGGGGCCCAUCUAGAUACCAUGGCAGAGACAAACAGCUUCUCUCUAGAUGAGCCUUUGAGGCCAGGAGAUCUGCUGAGAAAGGGGGUGGCCCCCUGCAUGGAAGACAACUUUUCAGAAAUUGUUCCUGCUAUGCCUGAGGAACCUACAUUUCAGGAUCCUCCAUCCCAUAUGGCAGAAAAGGUGAACAAGUUCAUGUCCUCCACCUUCAAGUCCACCUUCCACAGUAACGACACAGAUUCCCCAAAUGAAGAUUCCCUAGAGACAGCUGACUUCCCAGAUUGUGGGCCCAUCAAGGACAAUAUCCGAGAAAGACAUUGA